AUGGAAGACCUGAGAUCUGCCAUGAGGGAUCACGUGGAGCUCGUCGCCGGUCUCGUCGAGAAACUCUCCGCUGAGCUCCGUAGCGGGUUUCGCCCGGCGUACGACAAUUUCAUCGGGUUCUUCCACGCUAUCGACUGGAAGGUGAGUUUGGGCACUCGUAGAUGCUGUCCUCAUCCUUCUUCGGCCAUUGCCUCAUGUGUAGAAGCUCCACUUCGUUGGAAAGGUUUGACCGUGUUGGAUGUUUUUAUCACUUUGAUUUUCUUGCACCUUGCCGUGGAAAUCUUCAUUCUGAAAUCUGAAAGUAAGGGGCUAUGGAUCAUCACCGAAGGGACAUGAUAGUUACAUCACCGAAUGCACUUGCAUUCGUCUUGUUUGAAACAUAUGACUGUUUCCGCAGAGAAAUGUUCGUGUUUAUUCACCGUCGUUGCCGUCGCCGUUAUCAUAAGCGUAAUGAUCAUCCUUGUUGUACGCUGUCAACUUGUAUCACUAGGAAGUUUCACCUAUAAUAUGAGGCGGGAGCUGGGGGGAAGAUAAUUCGGGUUUUUAGACUGUGCGUGAUAUCUCUGGACGCAAUGGUAAGGAUAAAAAUACGCCAUGAAGCUUUCUUUCUGGUGUAUAUUAUGACUUAAUUAUCUAACAUUCCUGCAAUUUGUUAGAUAUUUGCAAGGUGUAAAGUAGAAAAUAUAUUUUUUAUGGAGUUGAUGUACAAGAGUUUUUGCUUUUGGUUAUGAUUGUUUAUUAUAAGACAAUUCACACCACCUGACGUCCAGCACAUUAAUUUUGCAAGCUGAUUGAAAAAAUGGUCCAGUCAAUUCUUUUACCUCGUUCUAUCUUUCCUUGCAUUCAAGAGUACAGCACAGAAGAAAGUAAUUGGAGAUCUUCAGCGGAGAGUAAAAAAUUCCUGGCUCACUAAAAAAAAAAAUAUAUAGAUUUACGUCUUUAAAUACCUGCAGAAUCUUUAAUGUUUACGGUGUUAUGUGACGAUCAUAUGCGAUCCAUAAUAUAUGGAUAAUUUUUUUAUUGGUAGGAGCGGGCAUAAGACCACGUAAUAAAUGAUAUUGGCAUUGUAGUUUAGUGCAUUGAUGAGCAUAACAACAACAGGAAAAAAAUAAAAUAAAUAAAAAGUGUUCUCUCUCUGGAUUUCAAGUAGAACGAAGUUUGUUUGGUAAUUUCAUAUAUCAAGAAAGCGCAUCAUGUCAGAGGAUGAAUUUCCAUCCAUGUCAUGUCUAUAAAUAUUUCUGUUCAGACUGUCAACUGAAGAACUUUAGGGGAGAGGAGGUGCUUCUUAUGUGCUGUGUGAAAUUGGUUUCAUUAAUACCAUUUGUCCUCUUACAUUUUUCAUGAUCAUCAGUACGCGAUCUAUGUGGUUCUAGCCUCUUAUUUUUGCCAUUGGACUCUAGUGAUAAUAAAUCUGAUAAUUUUGUCUUAAAGAAACAUGCACCUUCUUGUACCUCACUUGGUUUUUUUUUUCUUCCCAUUUUCUUACCUUUUGAUGCAUGGUAUUGCUUCUGAAAUUCCUCUUUUUCUUCUUGAUGUUACUUCAAAAACAGGAGCCUUGGCUGAUUGGUCUGUUAUGCUUCCAUGCCACUUUGCUUCUGAUCACUAUCAUUUCAAGGAAGCAUGUAAAUUUUCAACUGGGCUUAUCAAUCAUGGCAUGUAAGUUUCUGAAUUCACAGUCUGUCACAUUUUAUUUGGCAGAUCACGCCCUCCGGUUUCUUAUCUAACUGUUGUUAAGAAGUUUUUGUUUUCAUUGGCAAUUACUCCGCUGUCAUGUAGACUAAGUUCACUAUAAAUCUUCAUUGGCAAUGGCCUCUGAAGCCUACCUAACACAGUAGUGUACAGGAUCUGUUGAAGCACUUUCUCUUUCUAUCUGUAUUUUAAAAUAAUAGGGUUGUUGACUGACGCGAAUCAUAGAAAUGGAGGUAAAUUUUGUGCGGGUAGGCAUUAACUAUGCUAAAAAAUGUAUAUAUUUGAACUAAAGAUCAUCACCUCUUGAAUAGGAUAUCUUAAACAUGAACCAUUAUAUGGGAUUGACGACAUAAAGACUCUACCAGUCAAAAAAGAGAUGAAAGAAUUUUAUUGAGUUUAAAAUUCUGCCCAGAUGGCUUCCAUGAGCGCACCAGCACAAGCUAGAAGAACCAGUCUGGAGCAAUUAUGGAAUCCCUCUUGACCAAACCCUCGAUAUUGUCACAUGGAUCAUUUGACCCGCCGGUUGACAUUAUGAGCCCACGAUGAAACUUUAUUGGCCUUUCUUAGAACAACUAAUUUUUCUUCAAACAGGCCGGUUCUACUGCCAUUUAUGUGAUGACAUUCGGGUUAAUGAUGCAGUUUCUGGGGUUUUGCUCGCUGAGAGGAUAAACGGGGUUCUGGCAGGCAAGUGGAAGAGCUUUGCCAGCCAGAACUACUUCGACCCUCACGGCGUCUUCAUAGCGGUGCUCUGGUCCGGUCCACUCCUCCUCAUAUCAAUGCUCAUCGUGGUCAGUGGAGCCCUUCUCUCUUCCUCUCCCCUCCCCCCAUUCCCUGUUAUAAAUCGCCCUCAAAUAACCCACUUCUCUCUCCUCAGGUGAACACCCUUCUCACGCUGGUCAAGCUGAUCAUCCGGUGGAAGAGGGCCGAGCUGCGGCACCGUGCCAGACUUGCCCGCGAGAAGAAAGAGUAG